ACAUUUGGCGAAUGUUGUUGCAGUUAAAUCCAAAACUGUAAAAGAAAAAAUUAAGAGAGAAGCCUUAAGAACUCAAGAUAAACCUGUUGCCAUCUUAUCAAAAUCACUACGUGGAGUAUUGUUACCAGUUACUGCCAAUUUACCCAAAAUGUUAUCGCUUUCUCGUGCUGUUCAGCGUGUGCGAAAAGAAAAGGAUAACAAUAAUAUUAUUAAUCCAUCGUCUCGUGCUGAGCUUGUUAUGAUCGAUGAUUGGAAAUAUACGUACAACAAUGAAUUGUUUUUGUUACAUCAUAAUGGCGGAGAUAAGAAACUUCUUUUUAGUAUAUACCAUGCAACGUAACCGAAAUUAUCUGACAUCUUGCUCACAAUGGCUUGGUGACGGUACAUUUCGUACUGCACCUGCUAUUCUUAUACAAUUUUAUGUGUUACAUGGAUUGAAAUACAAAACUUUGCCUUUAGUUUAUCUAAUCGCUCUAAAUAAAUCAAAAACGAUUUACAUUCAAUUUUUGAAAUUAUUGCGGGAACGUAUUCCAAAUUAUCUGCCUGAUCGUCUCAUGAUUAAUUUUGAACCUGCAUUCAUUGAAUAUUUUAAAAACGUUUACUCUGGGACUCAAAUAUGUGGCUAUAAUUUCCAUUUUAGCAAGUGUGUUUAUAAGCACGUUCAACAAUAUGGACUCCAAAAUCAAUAUAAUAACGACAUGAAAUUUUUAAUGAUUGUGAGGUUAAUGGCAUUAGCAUUUGUACCAACUCAAGAUGUUGUUGCAGCAUUCGAAGAAAUCGUUUCAUCGGAUUAUUACGAGCGACAUAAUGAUCUUUUUGACAAUUUGCUGGAAUAUUUCGAGAUGACAUGGGUUGGGAAAGUAAAACACAACAAAACUAAACGUGAGAAGCCUAUUUUUCCUAGUCGGAUGUGGAAUUGUUAUAACGCCGUUCUCAAAGAUUUUAUCCGUUCAAAUAAUCCAUGUGAAGGCUGGAAUUCUGGGUUCAAUGCCCGAGUAGGACAGGCGCAUCCCAGUAUAGCGGAAUUAGUGAAAUCGUUGAAAGACGAACAAAAUAAGACCGACAUCUUAAUGACACGAAUAGAAUCUGGUCUUGAUGUUGUUGCAGGUCGUCUUAAAGCCUAUCAAAAUUAUGCUGAUCGAUUGAAGCGAGUUGCUCAAAAUUACGAUCCUUCAAGAAAAUUGGAGUAUCUUAAUAAUAUUGCUAAAAUCCUAGCGUCCAAGAGUUACAUGUAAUUAAGAAUUUGAU